AUAUCCCAGGUUCAGACAUGAAUCCUACAUACGAUCAUAAACAUUCGCCGCAACGAUGGGAUGUCAUUACCGAGGUAUUAUGCCUCUCAGUUAGUACCUGUUGUGUCUGUAUGCGCAUGUACACAAAGCUGUUGAUCACCAAAGCUCCGGGGUGGGAAGACUUUACUUGUUUCUUUGCAUGGUUAGGAUUAAUAGUCUAUGUUGUCAUGACUUUUGAGACAGGCAAGCAUGGCAGUGGUCUCCAUCGGUGGGAAGUAUCUCCUUCAGACCUCCGUGAAUUCUUGAAGCUAGCAAAUGCAUGCCAAAUCAUAUAUGGGCCGAUCAUCUUCAUCACCAAAUUAUCCAUACUCCUUUUAUUUCUCCGCGUAUUCGCACUGUCUGUCAGAAGCGUCACUUACUUCUUGAUUCAAUUGCUCAUCUGGCUUAACUUCCUCUUCUACCUGGCCGACACGAUCCUCAAGAUCUUUGAAUGUACACCACGAUCCAAGAUCUGGGAUGAGCAUAUCCCAGGGCACUGCAUCAAUAUCAACGUUCCCAUCCUGGCUGCGUCGAUCUUCAACGUAGUGUCCGAUUUCCUAAUUCUCUUACUGCCGAUUGUCUGUGUAUGGCGUCUGCAAAUGACCUUCAAGAAGAAGAUAUGUACAUCUGCUGUCUUCGUUGCGGGUAUCUUCGGCUGCAUAUCAAGCGUCAUGCGCCUUGUAGUCAGUAUCCCAAAUAGCACGGCCACCGACAACACAUUUGUCUGGUUUCCAGAACUCUUGUGGACUGCCGCCGAAAUAACUUCAGGAAUCAUAGCAAGCUGUUUGCCGGCAUUACCUACUUUCCUGCGACAUUUCUUGAAGAAAACAAAAUACUUCUUCUCGGAGCCUGUCACGACUGGUUCCGGCUCUAGUAUUAUGGCUUCAAAGAAAACGGUAGAGGCACGGCGUUUUCCAGCUCAACCCCAGCCGAAUGUUAGCCUUACAGAUUUACUUCCGGGGAGUAACUUGGAGAUGCUAAGCCGUGGCAACCGCAGCGGGAAGACAUAUGAAACCACUUGCUAUAGCACGGUCGAAGCCAGCCCGGUAGAAAAGGGCCGAGAGGACCAUUCCAAGGCUGGAGAAAACCCCAAUCAGGGGAUAUUGAAGACCGCAGCAACACCCGGUCAUGCAGUCCAGGCAAAAGAGGGCGCUAACCCAGACCGGAAACAAGCCCUAAGCAAAGCCCUAACACUCGCUACGCACUGCCGUCUGAGCCAACCAAAACCGUGCAAAGUCCAUCGCGCUUCUAUCCGCACCGAGACGCCCAUCGACUUCGACACUCCCUCACCAACCACGUCGCCAAACCAGUCCAACCGUCGAGAUGGCCCAGGAACGCUCCGGAAUUGUGGUCGGUCUGAACAAGGGCCAUAAAACCACCCCCCUCAACACCCCCAGACCCGUGUCAGCCGCACCAAGGGCCAGUCCUCCCGCCGCACUGCCUUCGUUCGUGACAUCGCUCGUGAGGUUGUCGGUCUUGCCCCCUAUGAGCGCCGUAUCAUCGAACUCCUGAGAAACACUCAGGACAAGCGUGCUCGUAAGCUCGCCAAGAAGAGGCUCGGUACCUUCGGCCGUGGCAAGAGAAAGGUUGAGGACAUGCAGCGCGUCAUCGCCGAGUCCCGUCGUGUUACUGGUCACUAAAUUCGUUCCCAUUCAAUCCGAUAAAGCUUUCUCCUAUUAGCCAAAGAAAAGAAUGAGAUAACGAAACGAUGAAGUGAGUCUUGGUGGCCGAUCACAUGGAGUGUGGGGGAGGUUCUGUCCAUAUGGGGAGGGGAAAAUGACAACCCGACCUACCUUCUUUGCUUCUAUCUCUCCUGGGAUAUAGGAAUGGAGGCAAGGGAUAUGAUUCCAUAGGCGUGGACAAUUGGACAAAAAACAUAAAUGGAUCUCUGAUUCUAAUGCAAUACCACUGGGACUUGGUUUCUUU